CUGAACUCCGAACUGUGUGACGGAGUUUCCUUCCUUCCAAAAUAGAGUUAGAAACUUGUCUGAAGCACGUUUUGGAAUUGGACAGUUAUAACCAUAACACUAAUCACACCCUCCCAUGUGAGUUUGAGAACCAAUUAGCGAAAUGUACAAAAAUACAAACAAUUCUGGCUGUGAAACCAAGGCACCUACAAGUUUUCCAGUGAAGAGAAACAUCUUCGAAAAAACAGCCGGAUACAGUGUUUGACCAAUGAAUUCGAAACCCUCAGGUCGUGAAGCGGUUGGCCGUGGUGUGGUAGAUUAACUCGGGGCUAGCGUGAAAGAAGAACAAAACAAGUGAUACCAGGUAUUUCCUGCGGUAUUUCUGUGUGUAAGGUACGAGGAAAGUGGGCUCUGCGUCUGUGACACGGAACGUGAUGGGAAAAGUUUUUGCCCAACUUCGACGGCAAAGAAAAUAAUUUUCCGAUCGUUAUUUGGUGAAGGCGUCGACCGAGGAAAGCCAACGUAUGCGAAACGGUGUAGAAAAUGAUUGAUCGUUCCGAGAAGAGAUUUGAGUGGCGAAAAACUUCUCAAUGUUAUGCAUUAUAAUGUGAUUAGUGUGGUGCGCUGUGGAUAAAUGUUGGGAAAACUGGAAGCCGAAUUGUGUUAGAGAAAUUCUUUUAAAGCUGAACGAUGUGCAAAGCAAUUUGGUUUGGGGAUGUAAAUCCGUUUGUGGAAAUCCAUAGCUCCUGAUCAUCGAAGAACAUACAAAAAUGUGGUGCUGGUCUGACGAAAAGAAAAGUUCAAAGUUAAGGACUUCAAACGCCCAAACACGGACACGGGCAGGUCGUUGGCUGUAUUUCUGGUAUAAAAUGCUGCUUUAAAGCAGUUAAAGUGCAUUGUAUUGCGCGAGGCUAGCGAAACAACAAGCAAUGACAAAAACCGAUUCCAUCUAUCAAUUUAUUCCGGUAAUGGCCGAUGGUUGCAAAGAAACGAACUGAAAGCUAUAGAAGAAUUUUAGAAGCAGGACGAAAAUGCCAUUGGAUACUCUUCCGAAAAUGAGACAAGCGGAAUCGUCAAUAUCGUCGCCUGUAGAAAUCCACAUUGGUUUUUUGAAGUUCAAAAGUAUAUCGAAGCGAUGACACAGUUACAAAUAGAACCACAAAGAUGCGGUAGGUGAAGUGCGAACAACAAAUUGAAAGUGAACUAGUGAAUUAAGUUAAACUAUACUCUCGUGAAACACAAACGGAAAAUAAAGUUAGCUACACAGAAGAUGAAAGCAAUCAUCUACUGUUUGUUCGUCGCUUAAAAGUAGCUCCUCAAGUGUGUGCAUCCAACAACAACAACAACAACAACCUGCUCGGAAACGUUUCUGCCGUGCAACUCUUGAAACUCGUAAAUUGCUGCAGCACUUCCUGGCGUUAUCCUGUUUUCUCAUCGCUCAUCAUUGCGUCCUGUUUCUCCGUUUGCUUUCAACACUUGUGCUCAAGCAGCCGAACGUAGAAAAAGCGGUAUUAAAGAGUGCUCGUAGCGGUCCAACCCAUUAAAACCACAAACUCGAAACAGCCAUGAAGUCGGCCAUCCUGUACCCUUAUGGGCCACUUCGGGCUAAUGGAUGCUGUCGAAUGCUACACGCGAAACAUUUAGCACUGACGAGUGCCAUUUACACUCUGAACAUCUCCAUCCUGGUUGUGCUGCUCUACUCGUGGCGAAUCAGCGUCAACGUGAAAAAGUACAGCGACCUGGAGGACGUCUACUAUGGGGUCCAGAUUGCAUACUUUGCCAUCAUCGGAACGCAGUGCUCCAUGGUUCUGCUCAGCAUUGUGCUGAUAUUCGGAAUCUACAAGGAGAACAUUGGCCUGGUGGUACCGUGGAUAAUCGGAUUCAUCACCUUCAUGGCGCUGGAAGCCGUGGCAAUGGUGUACUCCAACGUUUUGCGGGAUCAUGUUAACAGGCAAUUCGAUUCCCUUUGCAAAGCAGAAGUGGCCUUUUUCGUAUCGCGAGCAUUCAUCAACGCCCUGGCCAUGUGGGCCGUCACACGCUUCUACAACCUUCUGCGGGCGGGCGUCACCUGGAAGGGACCGGAAGUGAUCGAACUAUGACACACCUCGAACGACACGGAGAAAACGCUGGCGUCUCUCCGUGACGAAACCCACCUGAUAGUGCGCAUCCGGGACACCGAGAAUGACUGCGGCGGACAGUACAGUUCCACAGACGACGAUGACGACGACGACGCUGACGGUGGCCAUAUUCGUACAGUCGGUGGCGUCGACGACGGCGACGAUACUGAUGACAAUAUGAUUGAUGCCUCGGGUGGGCGGGGAAAACACCACCGGAGCCGAUCAUGGCAGCAGUUAUUCCGAGACGGAUUCGGUUCCGACGACGGUGACAAGAGCGCCGGAAGUGGAAGCGAAGAGGACGAUUCACUCCUCGUGGCUUACGAUAGCAACUCCGUGGCAUCCGUUUGACAAUAUCGAAAGCUGGCGCGGAUGAUGGCGGAGUUCCAACGGCAGGCGGACAGUGCCGUGUUGUUGUUUCUAAUUAUAUUUUGUAUUGAAGUUUAUGCGCAGAUUUUUAUAUUUUUCUAGACGACGUCCAGGAUAGGAUACCUAUACUGUAUUGUUAUAUUCGUGAGAGAACGAAGGUAUUGAAUCCCUGUACAUAGCUUCCAACAUGGGUGAGAAUGUAAGCGGAUGUCAGUACGAAUGCAAACUUGUGUAUGAAAUGUCGAAGAGGAAACUAAACACAAAAGAACCAUAUUUACUUAUUAGGCUAGGCUACACGCAAGACGGUGGCUCUUUAUUUAGAGCAAUCGACAGGUUACCAUAAAAUUCAAGAAUACGGAACAAAAAACGUUGUGUAGAAAUAUACACAUUAUACAUAUAUACUAAGAGUAGACAAGAGAAAUACAAAACAAAAAUCAUAGGAGCAAAAACGGAAUAAAUAAAGUGAAUGUGCUACGGUGAAGGUUAUCACACCAAACCGAAUCCG